GGCAGCCUUACGACCAGCCACGAGGGUCCAUCUCAAACAAGACACAGCGGCGUGUUCAGAAGAGAAGAAGCUUGGACGUCAGCUUCAAACAACAGGCCAAGCCUACGGAGAAACACUCCUACCAUCAAGCGACCGCAUCUCCCAAAACAACAGCCCGCCAUCCGGAUUCAGCCUCGAGACACGGCCCUUCUGGAGAGAAACAACGGACCGCGAGCCGCGCAAGCCAGUACACGUACAGCCGUCGGCUUCUUUGCGUACAACAGAAGGGGCCCUCGACCUUCUCUCCCGGCACAAGGAAGCUUGGAACCUGCGCGCAGCGGAGGACAGGGUGGCACAUCUCUGAUCACACGCUGCGGACUAAUUACGGAUCAGAUCAGAAACAAAACAACUCAAGACCACAACAAACGAAUCAGCUAAGAUGAAUCGCCUCUUCGGCGCGAAGAGCUCGGCACCCAAGCCCACACUCAACUCCGCCAUAUCCAAUGUCGACGAACGCGUUUCCUCAAUCGACGUCAAACUCGCCGCCAUUAACGCCGAACUCACUGGUUACCAAACAAAGCUCUCCAAGAUGCGCGACGGCCCCGGCAAGACCGCCAUCAAACAAAAAGCACUCAAGGUUCUGCAACGGCGGAAAAUGUACGAGGGACAAAGAGAUCAACUUCAACAACAAUCCUGGAACAUGGAGCAAGCGGGCAUGAUGCAAGAUAACCUGAAGAACGUCAUGACAACGGUGGAUGCGAUGAAGCAGACGAAUAAGAGCCUGAAACAACAAUACGGCAAGAUCAAUAUCGAUAAGAUUGAGCGGAUGCAGGAUGAGAUGGCCGACUUGAUGGAUAUUGGCAAUGAUAUACAGGAGAGCAUAAGCCGGAGUUAUGAUAUUCCAGAGGAUGUGGAUGAGGCGGAGCUAGAUGCGGAACUGGAGGCAUUGGGAGAGGAAGUGGAGUUUGAGAAUAUGGGCGCCGAGAGCACGCCAAGUUUUAUGGUGGACGAAGUGCCGCAGUUUAUUGAUGAGCCGCCCCAGAAGACAGAUCAAGUCAAGGAGGCUGCCGGAUAGGGGACUUGGGUUAGGUGCAAUGGGAAAGGAGGUUGGCGCUGGAACUGGUUUGCAUUGUACGAAGAUUUCUUGUACUUUGGAGAGAAACGAAUACUCUCAGAUAUCCCCUUCAGCUCUGUAUCGUUUGCAAGCAAUCGUUGCAUCAUCUCUCGAAAUCCGAGAGAUCAUUUCUCUGCAAAACCGCGUG